AUGGCUCUUCAUAUUCAUGAAGCUUGCAUACUUCUGUUGGUCAUACCUGGAUUGGUCACCUCUGCUGCCAUCAGUCAUGAAGACUACCCUGCUGAUGAAGGUGACCAGACCUCCAGUAAUGACAACCUGAUCUUUGAUGAUUAUCGAGGGAAAGGGUGUGUGGAUGACAGCGGCUUUGUCUACAAGUUGGGAGAACGAUUUUUCCCAGGGCAUUCCAACUGUCCAUGUGUCUGUGCCCUGGAUGGACCUGUUUGUGACCAGCCAGAAUGCCCUAAAAUUCACCCAAAGUGUACUAAAGUAGAACACAAUGGAUGCUGUCCUGAGUGCAAAGAAGUGAAAAACUUUUGUGAAUAUCAUGGGAAAAAUUACAAAAUCUUGGAGGAAUUUAAGCCCUCUCCAUGUGAAUGGUGUCGCUGUGAGCCCAGCAAUGAAGUUCACUGUGUUGUAGCAGACUGCGCAGUUCCUGAGUGUGUCAACCCAGUCUAUGAACCAGAACAAUGUUGUCCUGUCUGCAAAAAUGGUCCAAACUGCUUUGCAGGAACUACAAUAAUUCCGGCUGGCAUUGAAGUGAAAGUGGAUGAAUGUAACAUCUGUCACUGUCACAACGGGGACUGGUGGAAGCCGGCUCAGUGUUCAAAACGCGAAUGCCAAGGCAAGCAGAUUGUGUAG